UUUCAGCUCUCAGAAUUCUGAGUCUCUUACUUUCAGUCAUUCACUCUAAACCCUAGAAAUCCAACAUCUCCCUUACAAAGAAUCACAAACCCAACACACAGAUUUCCCAGAGAGGGAGUAUUGGUAUGGAGAAAUCUGAAGAGGAGAUGCCAUCUACAGAGGCAGAAAUGAAGAAUCUGCAAGAAAAAGUGAGUGAAUUACAAACAAAGCUUUUAGUUGCUACAAAACCCUUAACCGAUGAUUAUAUUAAGGGUAUAGAAGUGUUUGCAAUGAAAAUGAGGCAGUUUUGGAAGGAAACAUUAGAUGAGAUAAGGACAAAACUGAAAGCAAAGCAACAUGAAUUUGUGCUGCUAGAAAAUGUUUCUCCUAAAGCUAAAUUGGACUACUGUGUUGAAUUACUUGCCGUAAGAGUAAGUGAAACAGUAAUUAGUGAUAUUUGUAGCGGUUAUAAGGAAUUUGCUAGUGAUGAAAUUACUGAGCUGAGUAUAAAAUUGGUACAAAAGCAACUUGAUUAUGAUUGCUUGGUAAUGAUAUUAAAGUUCUUUCCGAAGAAAGAAAGAAAUUCAGGGAUUCAGCGGAAAAGGAAAACGAAGAACUGUUCAAAUUUUUCAAGGAGAAGAAAGAAGAAAUUAAGAGGCUUGAAGAAGAAAGGGAGAAACUCACGGAGUCGGCAAAUAAAGAAAAUGAAGAAAUUUUUAAGUUUUUUUGUGAGAAGAAAGCUGAAGUGAUGAAGCUUGCAAGUUUAUGUCAAUUUCUUAGCACAAAAGCUAAGGAUCUUGCACGGGAACAUGUGGAAAAACUAUCUAAAUCAGAUGAAGAGAGGGAACUUAAGCUGAAGAAACUAGAAAGUGAUACGGAAUUGCUUAUCAAAGAGAAGGCUGCCUUAGCUAGUGAAAUUGAUUUACUUAACAAUGAGAAGGUUAUAUUGGUAAGUGUUUUUGAAAAACUCAACAAAGAGAAGGCUAUGUUAGAAAGAGAUAUCGAAUUACACAAGAAAGACAAGGGUAUCUUAGCAACAGAUGUUGAAUUUCUCAAAGGGGAAAAGACUAUCUUAGUAAGUGAUGUCGAAGUGCUCAAAGAAGAGAAGCUUGUCUUAGCAAGUGCUGCUGAAUUGCUCAAGAAAGAGAAGGCCAACUUAACAAGCGAUAUCGAACUGCACAAGAAAGAGAAAGGUAUCUUGGCAAGUGAUAUCGAAUUACACAAGAAAUUAAGAUAA